UUACUCUUUCUCUUUCUUUUCUUUUUUACCCGAGAUUCGCAAUGGGUCGCGUUAUUCGUGCACAACGUAAGGGCGCCGGUUCCGUGUUCAAGGCGCACGUCAAGAAGCGCAAGGGAGCCGCCAAGCUCCGUUCGCUGGACUUUGCUGAACGUUCUGGCUACAUUCGCGGUGUUGUCAAGGACAUCGUCCACGAUCCCGGUCGUGGUGCCCCCUUGGCUGUGGUUCACUUCCGUGAUCCCUACCGCUACAAGAUCCGCAAGGAGCUGUUCAUUGCCCCCGAGGGCAUGCACACUGGCCAAUUCGUUUACUGCGGACGCAAGGCUACCCUCCAGAUUGGCAAUGUGAUGCCAUUGAGCCAGAUGCCCGAAGGUACCAUUAUCUGCAAUCUGGAAGAGAAAACCGGUGAUCGCGGCCGUUUGGCUCGCACAUCUGGCAACUACGCCACCGUGAUUGCCCACAAUCCCGAUACCAAGAAGACCCGUGUCAAGCUGCCUUCCGGCGCCAAGAAAGUUGUGCCCUCGGCCAAUCGCGCCAUGGUCGGCAUCGUUGCCGGCGGUGGUCGUAUCGACAAGCCCAUCCUCAAGGCCGGUCGUGCCUACCACAAGUACAAGGUGAAGCGUAACAGCUGGCCUAAGGUGCGUGGUGUUGCCAUGAACCCUGUGGAGCAUCCUCACGGUGGUGGUAACCAUCAACAUAUUGGUAAGGCAUCGACAGUUAAGCGUGGCACAUCCGCUGGUCGCAAGGUCGGUCUCAUUGCUGCCCGUCGUACUGGUCGUAUUCGUGGUGGCAAGGGAGACGCCAAGGACAAAUAAGCUAUACGAUGACUGAGUAGAGGAGGAGAUUGACAUGGAGCUGGUUCCGUCACUGUAUUGCGCUGUUUAUUGAUUUCAAAUGCGAAAAAUGUACAAGCAACACAAUGUCGUAAGCAUUUUAAUGGAUUUUAUGGCGGAAUAAAAGUUAUGUGUAAAAAACUAAAACAAAAAGUA